GCACCGAGUCACUGCACUGACUUCUCCCCUAAGUUGGAAGAGCGUCGAUUCAUAAUAAGCUUUGCUUGCUGUUUUGUUAGACAAACCAAACUUGAGAAUCCCAGCUGAUCUAGCUCAAGAAGAGGAGCGCUGCAAGGAGAGGAUCAAUGGCGAGAUACGAUAGAGCGAUUACUGUCUUUUCGCCCGAUGGCCAUCUCUUCCAGGUUGAAUACGCACUGGAAGCCGUCCGUAAGGGAAACGCGGCGGUCGGCGUCCGUGGCACCGACACCGUCGUCCUUGGCGUCGAGAAGAAAUCCGCCGCCAAGCUUCAGGACUCCAGAUCAGUGAGGAAGAUUGUCAACCUCGAUAAUCAUAUUGCUUUGGCAUGUGCUGGCCUUAAGGCAGAUGCUCGAGUGCUGAUCAACAGGGCCAGGAUUGAAUGUCAAAGCCACAGGCUAACUGUAGAAGAUCCUGUGACUGUUGAGUAUAUUACCCGUUACAUUGCUGGACUUCAGCAAAAGUAUACACAAAGCGGUGGUGUCAGGCCAUUUGGACUUUCGACCUUGAUCAUAGGAUUUGAUCCAUAUACUGGGGUGCCAUCACUUUAUCAGACAGACCCUUCUGGCACCUUUUCAGCUUGGAAAGCAAAUGCAACUGGGAGGAACUCCAACUCCAUCAGAGAGUUUCUGGAGAAGAAUUAUAAAGAAACUCAUGGGCAAGAAACCAUCAAGCUUGCAAUCCGUGCCUUACUGGAGGUUGUGGAGAGCGGAGGAAAGAAUAUCGAAGUCGCAGUGAUGACGAAAGACCAGGGCUUGCGACAACUUGAAGAGGCUGAAAUCGAUGCUAUCGUGGCCGAGAUUGAAGCGGAGAAGGCAGCUGCUGAGGCUGCAAAGAAGGGCCCUGCUAGAGACGCCUGAUAUUAGGAACACCCUGAAUUUGUUCUUCCAACAUUCGCAAUGCAAUUCAAAUGGGGCACAGAACCUUUCGUUGUUGUUUUUGUUAUCUUGUGCUACAGUACUUAACGUCUUCGAAGUUAUCAGACUGAAUGAUAGAUCAUCAUUAUCAAGGUUACGACAGCCAGAAGCUUUCUUAUUGAAAUGGAGUUAAUUAUAUUGGCGUAAUGUUCUGUAACUGCUGUUCUCAACCUGCUGUUACAUUGAAGCUUUCUUAUUGAAAUAGGUCUCAAACCAC